GAGCUUUGUGGUCGCUCUCGGCUUCCGUUGAGGACGGCAAGAUGGCAGCUUCCGAGACAGUUAGGUUACGGCUUCAAUUCGAUUAUCCGCCGCCAGCUACUCCACACUGUACAACCUUCUGGCUUCUGGUCGACCUGAACAGAUGCCGAGUCGUCACGGAUCUCAUCAGCCUCAUCCGGCAGCGCUUCGGCUUCAGUUCGGGGGCCCUCCUGGGCCUCUACUUGGAAGGGGGGCUCCUGCCCCCGACGGAGAGCGCGCGCCUGGUGAGGGACAACGACUGCCUCAGAGUUAAAUUAGAAGAGAGAGGAGUUGCUGAGAAUUCUAUAGUAGUCAGUAAUGGUGAUAGCGCUAAUUUAUUACCUAGAAAAGCGAAGAAGCGGGCAUUUAAGUUGGAGGAGGAUGAAGAAGCUGACAUGGGUAGCAGGUAUUCAAAGAAGCAUUGGAAAAGUCAAGAGAACAGUAACAAUAAUGAGAAGGCCUUGGUUCUGCACACAAAAGCUGUCACAGAUCAGGCUGUGAGGAAAAAAAAGAAGAGAAAGAAGAAAACAACGUGUGUCACAGUGGACAAUGAAGAAGACAGCAAAAGGAAAUCGCCAAAGAAAAAGGAAAAGUGUGAAUAUAGAAAGCAGACCAAGAGUCCCAAGUCUCUGAAAGUGCAGGUGGCGGAAGAGUGGACCACCCAGAACUGCAGUCCUCCAAAGAGUCCUGGGAAAAACAGCCUGGUGAAGGCCAGAAGGAAAGGUGGUGCAGGCACUGCUUCCAAAGACAUUCCCACUUCCUCCUCGGAGUCAGAGUCCAUUCAAGAGUCCAUCAGCGAUGGGCUCAGCAAUGCCCCCUCGGAUGUCAGAAAUUCCUCAGAGACAGUAGCCACUGAGUUAGCGAAGGAAGGAUCCUCUACCAAAAAUGUCCCUGCAAACAAACUGCCUGCCAAAGGUGGCUUUAGCCUUACUCCAAGCCAGGGCAAGGCCACCAGAACAUCAUCCUCUAGUUCAGACUCCAGUUCGGAGUCAGAUGACCAGCGUGUGCUGUCCAAGAGCACCUCAGAGGGUGCUGUAGGCUUCUUCAAGACAGCUGGCCUGUUUCCAGCCAAAGUGGCCCCGGGGCCAGGACUGUCCUCGCAGGUGCCAAGUGCUGCCGGAUGGAAGUUUUCUGACCUCGGUGGUGGCAGGCAGGCUGCUGGUCCUCCUUCCAUCGCCAGUCUCUCCACCGGUCUAGGAAGAGGAUGGGGUCGAGGAGAGGACCUUCUUUCUUUGAAGGGAGCCAGGGGUCGGGGCAUGCGGGGCCGGGGCCGGGGACGAGGGCAUGCUGUGUCAAGUGUUUUAAACAGAAAUGCUGACUCUCAGAAGCAGAGGCAGUUGAAUGAAAUAGUAACAAACUCAUCAACUUUUAUCCAGAAUCCAGUAGAGACACACAAGAAGGAUUACAGUCUGUUACCACUCCUAGCAGCUGCCCCACAGGUUGGAGAAAAGAUUGCAUUUAAGCUUUUGGAAUUAACAUCCAAUUAUUCUCCCGAUGUCUCUGACUACAAGGAAGGAAAAAUAUUAAGCCACAAUCCUGAGACUGAGCAAGUAGACAUAGAAAUUCUUUCAUCCUUACCUGCCCUGAAGGAACCUGGGAAAUUCGAUUUGGUUUAUCACAAUGAAAAUGGCACUGAGGUGGUGGAGUAUGCUGUGACGCAGGAAAAGAAGAUCACUGUUUUUUGGAGAGAGUUAAUUGAUCCAAGACUGAUUAUUGAACCUGCAAGUAAUACCUUGCGUUAAGAACUUGUCAGAGUACAACUGUUCCAGUCUUAGUUUGUAAAUGUCUUGUCUGUGGAAGUGGCUAUAACCUGAAAUUUUAAAAACAAACAAAAAAAAAAAAAACAAGGAUUUGAAAGUUG